AGGACCCUUGCUCACGCCUGGACUACGACGACACAUGUCCUUCUAUAGCGGUUUCACGACGUCAAGGCGCACCGCAGAACUCCAACGACGCGCCCUUCGUUGAGUUCGCGAAGCCGCGUAGGCCAGCUUAUUGUGUUUUGUAGUCCAAGCAAGCGCAGGCGUAGCCGAACGCUACAGACGAACUGAACGCUACAAACAAACAGAGUCAGGGACGCGUUUACACAUAGAUGACCCCUCAGCUGCGCCUGCCAAUUUCGACCGUCGUCUUGCUUUCCCCAGGCCUUCGCAACCCACUUCACAGGACACUAUUUAGGGACAUCCGUCUGAGGGGGCCGCGUGGUAGUGUCACAACUGCUCGAACCCACACUCCACCAUCACACCGGGUGUCCAGCCGACACCUAGUUCAGAACCAGAACCUCUCCCAGGUGCCCCUGCCCAAUUGCCUCUUUUUACGGGCAACUGCCCAGUCCUUUUCCGUCCCACCGUGGGAAGACGCGAUGCGUACUGCCAGUGGUAGGCCGACACGUUUAUGCGCAUCACGAUGUUGGCGAGAAACGUGCGGCACGGGACAGGACGCUCUCAGGGCGCCUCGAGCCUCCUCGCCUUGCCCCACGUACUUCGACAGCCUCGUCGGUGGCGCACCACCGAACUCCAACGAGGCGCCCUUGGUUGAGCUGGCGAAGCCGCGAACGCCAUCCAAUUGCGCAGACAUACCCCACCCGUCUUCUGCUGCACGGAUACCCGACCCAUUUUCCCCAAGCCUCCCUCUCGGCCUCAUCGCAGUUCACUAUUAAGGGGCAUCCAUCUGAGAGAGCUGCAGUUGUAGUAUUGGUGUUGCAACCUCCCGAUUCUCACCAUCAGCAAGCUCCCACACCACCAUCGUCGAGCCCCUUCCCACCUCUGCCCCGAGUCGGCCGUACUACUAGCAGUACCCAUGGCCCGCCUUCAGUCCCCAUCGUCGGCGUUCGUCCUCACCUUCUCCGUGCUUCUCUCCGCGUCGCUCUGGGCGGCGACUCUCCCGCGCGUCGCGCACGCAGUCGACCUCUCCUACGUGCUUGAGCAGAUCCGCAACAAGACCCUCAUGGACCCCUACAUCGCGGGCAUAUCCGCUGGAAUGGUGGAGUUCGCCGCAGGGUACGACAAGGUGAAGGACAUUACUGGAGGGUCCCUCGUGCUACCCGAAGACAACGGCUGGACAAGUGCACUCGCGGGAUACAAGGCCAAGAACCCGACUGCUACAACUGCGUCGGACCCGGUUCUCGAGGCGCUCGACACGAUUGUGAAUCAGAAGGGGUCCGUGUCGUCGCUGAACUCCAUGUCCAACAACGGCAAGAAUGCCAUGUCGCGACUCGCCAAGUUCCUGGCGGUCCGCGAUUUCAUCACUCCCUCGGAAAUGACAACCGGCAAAUACAAGAGCGGAAAGUUCAGCCUAAGCACGCUGGUCAACCAGCCGAUUUUCCUUUACGGCGGCGUCACUGGAGCAACCACUUCCCUGGAUCAUGCCUUCACUGGGACCGACCUAGGCCUCACUGUCUCCUCAGGGAGUGGCAGCGGGAGUGGAGGAUCUGUGACGGAGAGUGAAGCAGGAGGGCCAAAAGCAGUGGCGAGGGUGAAUGGUGCUUUUCAGCUGGUGACGAGCACUCAGGUUCUUGGCACGACGACGUCAUCCUCUGACAUGACCUUCAUUGUGACAGAUGCUGUGGUUUUCCCUGCCAACAUGGGCUCCCUCACCAGCUAUGAUCCUGUCUCACCGUAUGGCAAAGCUGCAGGCUCGUUUGCACUCAGUGGAAACUACAUGGCCCUGGUUCUCUCUCUGAUUGGACUGCUUGCGCUCGUGUGAAGGAUGGGUGACCACUAUGGGACAUGCAUUUUUGUAUCCCAAAUCUUGUUACCUAGCUUGUGUUUCCUGUUCCUUGUGCUAGCUUGUGUUUCUUGUUGGCUUGAGUUAGCCAAGCAGCUUGCUUCUUGAGUGAGCCCAAUAGCUUUUGUUUCUUGUUGGCUUGAGUUCGCCUAGAAGGUUGUGUUUCUUAUUGGCUUAGUCCAGCUUUGUGGUAACCAAAAUGCCUCUAAAUUUUGAGGGGGGUGUAAUUAGUGGCUAAUUUUGUAUAACGCCUGGGUGUUGUGGAACAUGCGUAUGUGAUAUUGUUUUUCCU